CUAUCCUCUUUUUGGCAGGACUGUAUUGCCAGCAACUCUGACCAUCCAGGUUUUGCUGGAGGGAAGAAAAGGAAACARCAUUUACAAUGAUGUUCUCCGGGUUCUUGUUUGUUCUGUCUCUUGUUCACAGUGCUUUGCAGCUGGCGGAUAUUAAAACUUUUUUGCUGUAUAAUGAAGUCAACAGSCUCUGUCUUGAGGCAUCUAUUACACACUCAGUUAGAACUGCCACUUGCAAUCAAGACAAUGAAUUACAAAAAUUCAGGUGGAUCACGGAUCACCAGCUUAUGAGUGUGAAACUGAACCUAUGCCUGGGGGUGUCCUUGAAGGAGGAUCAGGCCGUGGUCACCCUGCAUCCCUGUGACCAAAACAGUGAGCUCCAGUGGUGGGAAUGCAGAAAUGAAAGCCUCCUUGCAAUCCAAGGAGAAGAWUURUUUUUCAGUCCUGGMAAUGAAGAGCAUGAUUAUGUUUUGUUAAAGAAGGGGCUGAGUGCAAAGAAUAAGUGGAAGAUCUAUGGGGCCACAGGUGUUUUAUGUUCCCAGGGAUAUGAAGAGACCUUCACUCUGCUAGGAAAUUCUUUUGGGGCCCCGUGUGUGUUCCCUUUCAUGUACAAGAAGCAGUGGCUGGCGGAGUGCACGGCCGCGGGGCGYGCGGAUGGCUGGCUCUGGUGCGCCACCACUGCCGACUACGACACGGACCAGCGCUACGGAUUCUGCCCAUCCACAGACAAAGAUAGCACUUGGACUACAGAUCUGUCAACAAAUGUUCACUACCAAAUAAACUCUGACUCAGCUCUCACAUGGCACCAAGCCAGGAGGAGCUGUCAGCAGCAAAAUGCAGAAUUACUGAGUAUCASUGACAUUCAUGAACAAGCAUAUCUUAAAGACUUAAUAGAAGGUACAGAUUCUGCUCUGUGGAUUGGACUCAACAGACUGGACUUGAGUGGUGGAUGGGAGUGGAUUGGAGGCAGCCCUUUCCAGUACUUAAACUGGGCUCCAGGAAGCCCCUCUCCAGAAUCUGAAAAGCUCUGUGUGGUUUUGAACCCGGAAGCAAAAGCUAAAUGGGAAAAUUGGGAAUGUGAUCAGAAACUUGGUUACAUUUGUAAGAAAAAGAACUUUACUUUGGUUCCUUCAGGUGACCCUGGACCUGUGASUUGCCCAGAUGGAUGGGUGCCCUAYSUAGGUCACUGCUAUAAGAUCUUCAGGGACAGCAAAGGAUGGGAAGGAGCUUUGGCCUCCUGUCAGAAGGAAGGGAGUCAUCUGGCCAGCAUCCAAAGCCUUGAGGAGCACAGCUUUGUGGUGUCUCAGCUUGGGUACAAGCCAACAGACAAGCUGUGGAUCGGGCUGAACRACCGAAAGGUUCAGAUGUAUUUUGAAUGGAGCGAUGGGAGCCCAGUGACGUACACGAAAUGGCACCUGGGAGAGCCCUCCACCACCAACAACCGGCCAGAGCACUGUGUGCUCAUCAAGGGCCAGAAUGGCUAUUGGGCAGACUAUGUGUGUGAGAAGAAGGCUGGCUACAUUUGUAAAAGAAAAGCUACAUCACAAAUAGCUGGAGAAAAAGAAAUUACUGAUGCAGGUUGCAAAAAUGGCUGGAGAAGAUAUGGAACCUACUGCUAUUUUAUUGGACAUAUUCCAGAAACAUUUUCCGAAGCAAACACCACUUGUGAAGGAGAAGAAGGUUACUUGGCCACAGUUGAAAGUCGGUAUGAGCAAGCCUAUCUGACAAGCCUUAUUGGGCUGAGGCCUGAGAAAUAUUUCUGGCUUGGCCUCUCUGAUGUGCAGGAUCGARGCACUUUCAGGUGGGCCAAUGGUGAAGCUGUUUCCUUUACACACUGGGACAAAGGAAUGCCUGGAAAUAAUCCAGGAUGUGUAGCCAUGAGAACUGGGACUGCAGCUGGWUUAUGGGAUGUUCUUGACUGUGAGACAAAGCAAAAAUAUAUUUGCAAGCAGUGGGCAAAGGGUGCGACAGUUCCACCAAUUCCAACUACUGCUCUGGUCUCCACAUGCCCUGAUGGCUGGAUAUCAAACAACCAUAGAAGUUCCUGUUUUAAAAAUUUUUGCAGACCAAAUAUUAGAAAGAAAUCAUGGUUUGAAGCUCGAGAUUUUUGCAGACAAAUAGGAGGGGAUCUGGUCACCAUUAGCACUAAAGAGGACAGGAUGUUACUAAUCGAAGCAAUAUGGGCUACUCACUGUUCGUUUCAAAACACUUGGAUCGGUAUAUUUACCUUGAAUCCAGAUGAAGGACUUGCUUGGAGUGAUGGUUCUCCAGUUAGGUACACAGACUGGGAUAUUAGUGCAAGCCAUUCAGGAAGACACAAGUUUUGUGGCUCAUUCUACUAUAGAUCUUCUAAAGAGUUGUCUCUUUCGGUCUGUCAAGUACAUCAUAACUGGGUYUGUCAAAUAAAACAAGGAGUGUCACUAAAAUCUGAACCAAUUGACACAUAUGAAUAYAAAACCACAGCAGAUGGAUGGGUCAUAUAUGAAGAUAAGCUCUAUUUUUUCAACCAAGAACGGGUCUCCAUGGAAAAAGCCCAAGAGUUCUGCAGGCAGCAUUCUGCAGACCUAGCUGUUGUUAACAGCGACAGUGAGAGAAAGUUCCUACAGAGAGAGCUAAAAAAAAAUGAAUACUACGAGAGUAGGCGAACGGGAUAUUUCAUCGGUCUAAGAGUGAGCCUUGAUAAAACGUUUCGCUGGAUAGAUGGAACUCCAGUAACCUAUGUGGCCUGGGCUCCUAAUGAACCCAACCUUUUAAAUAACGAGGAAAAUUGUGUGGUAAUGUUGUCAGAGCACAUCUUUGGUACCUGUUUUCUGCAAUUUCUUUCCAGUGACAAACCAGAACAAUCAUGUUUCAAAGUAUUUGCUUCCAAUGUAACAAGAAAUCUCACAUGGCAUGCUGCACGAGAUGUUUGUUUCAAAYUGGGAGGAAACCUGGCUACUAUACCAAAUGAACGAGUGCAAGCUUUCCUUUUCUAUCAUUUGAAGUACGCCACAACUAAUGUUUGGAUUGGGAUGAAUGAUAUCAACCAAGAGUCCACAUUCCUUUGGACGGAUGGAAGCACUGUUUCCUACACCAACUGGGCUCAUGGUGCACCAGAAGGGCGACAAACCUACUUUGACUUUUAUGACUUUCAGGARCUGGCAGAUGAUCCUCUGGAGACAGAUUGUGUCUCCAUCAUGAAGUCAGAUGGGAAGUGGAAGGAUGAUAGCUGUGACAAUGAAAGAGGCUAUGUGUGCCAGAUGAAUUCACUUCCCUCACAGCCYGAAGUACCAACAACAAAUCCAGCCUCUGGCUUUGUGCCUUAUGGUGACAGCAGCUAUUCAAUCAUUUCAUCUGAAAUGCAAUGGGAAGAGGCCAGAAAAAACUGUCAAGACAAAUCUGCGGAACUUGCCAGCAUUUCAGAUGCCUACAUCCAUUCAUUCUUGUGGAUCCAGAUGCUGAAAUAUGGAAAACCCAUAUGGAUUGGUCUUAAUGGCAAUAUGACUGGUGGUUAUUACAAAUGGACCAAUAACUGGAAAACCAGGUACACAAAAUGGGCAGCAGGGGAACCUAAGGACAACAAUGCCUGUAUUUACCUGGAUCUUGACAGUACUUGGAAAACAGCGUCUUGCAAUGAAAGCUACUUUUCAGUUUGCAUGAUAUCAGAUGAGACAGCUCCUACUGACCCUGCUCAGCCACCUGGAAAUUGUCCUGAAGGAGAUGAACUGCAAGCUUGGAUCCCUUACCAUGAUCACUGCUACUACCUUGAAUCAUCAGCUGAGAAAAGCUGGACACAGGCCACCCUUGAGUGUUCUCGCUUAGGUGCUACCUUGGUUUCGGUAGAAAACAUGGAUGAAUCUCAUUUUCUGACCCAUAAAAUUCARCCACUUGGAAAUAAAGUAGGAGGCUUUUGGAUAGGACUUUACCGAAAUGUGGAAGGCCAGUGGUUGUGGCUAGAUAAUGCUGUACUGGAUUUUGUAAACUGGGAGGAGAAAGAUUUUGAUGUGGAGCAUCAGUGCGUUGAAAUAACUGCACCAUCUGGUUACUGGGACAAGAGUGACUGCUCUUCUGAAAAAGGAUUUAUCUGCAAAAAACCCAAAGUUGAGCCGAAUGGGAGCCCUAUACAGCAAAAAGGCAAGGAAAAGAAUGGAGAGACUCACCCACCUGUUCACGUCUCUGUUUGGCCACUCAUAUUCUUAGCAAUUUUAACUGUUUUUGGAGCUGGCAUGGCAGCCUAUUUCUACAAAAGAAAGAGACAAAAYCAGCUCUCAACAGAUUCUGGCAAUGAAACACUAUUAAAAUGAUGUGUUGGUGACUGAAGAAUUGGUGAAAAUGGAUCCUGUGUCAUGUUACUUGGAGCAGCAAGUUACUCACUGAAAUUAGAGGAUGUAUUAAAAGUCUSUAGUGAGAUCUUACAUGAGAUCUAGUGUAAUUUUAAAUUGAAUCACUUUUCUCUUUUUGCACCAGCUGAUUUU